GUAAUAUUGUGCCGCUAAUUCUCUUUUUGAUACUGAAAAUGCGACAUUUAUGUAGACACGCAGUGAAAUGAAGACACUACGAUACAUUAAACGUCUGCCCAGUGAAACCCCGUCUGACAAUACGUUCUCUGACGUCUAGAAGUGGAUUUUGCCACAAGUUAUUUACUGCGUCAAACUGGUGAUCUCUGCGAUUUGGACAACAUGGAUGACACGUUUGGUGAGAAUCAGAGAUUGAAAGCAGCUGUCCAUUUCACCACGGGGCAGAUAUGUCAACGAAUUGCAGAUGACGGUGGUAUGAAGUUUAGUAAACAAACCAUAGCAGCAAUAGCCGAAACAGCAUUUCGACAGUGUGACAUUUUUGCCAAAGACGCAGAGUGGUUUGCCAGACAUGCCAAAAGAAGCACUGUUAACGUCGAGGACAUCAAACUUCUUUCCAGGCGUAGCACCGCCCUUUAUACCCACAUGCAGCAGAGGUCUGAAGAACUGGCCAGUGCCCAGCAGGAGAGGAAAGACAAGAGAAAGAAGAACAUGACAAAGAGGAAGCACCUGGACACCGAGGAGGAUGAUGUUGUUGACCAGCACGAGGACUGACCACAGGACCCAGGACUAUACUCUGUCUGGGUGCAUUCCCAUAUGCGACCCUGCGUCCUCCACUUGUGCUUGUGGCCUCGCCCGCCUCCUGGCCCCUCCUCCAUGGAGAGAACAAUGAAGUUUCCCAGCUGUCAGCCUAGCCACAACAAUUUUUGGGGGACUAUUCUUCAUUCACCAUCCAGUUUGCGAAUGAGAAAAUCACUUUACAAUUGAGUUUUAGUGAGAUAUUGAAAUAAUGCUGUUGUCAGUGAUGUCAUCAUGACAUUACUUCGUGGUACGAGGCCACAAGCACAAGUGGAGGAGGCAAGGUCACAUAUUGGAAUAUACACACAGAUACUUGCAUCCAGGGCCGCUGACAGCUGUUGCUGGGCCCAGGACAAUGACAUUUGAAAGGCCCCCCACCCAAUACAUGCUAUGUAAUGAGAACCCAAUUAUGGGACCCCUUUGUCCUCUGUCAGCUCCACUGCUUGCAUCAAUUGAUUGUUGAUCAGUACGGUUUGCAACGGACUUACAGGAUUUAACUACUGAAGCAAAACACAAAUGCCUUUUUUGUAUUUGUUAUUUUUA